GUAAUUCGGCUGUAGCAGGGCUUGGGGAUGCUGCUAAAGGAGCUGCGUCCAGCACAAACAUGGAAUUAGACCUAACUGGAGACCUCGCUAGACAGUCACUGGCAGCCAGGACUCAGGGAUAAAGGAGAUGGACGUGGGAAAUCUGGUCUGUGUGCUUGAAGGCAGGGUCCGUAGGAGCUGGACACUUGGGGACUGGGGGGUGGUGAUGGGGUCUCCCCACCAACUAGAAAAGGAAACUUGUGGCGGGCGGGCACGCGCUACCAGCCGACAAAUCAGGAGCGAGCGCUGGCCUGCAGUUACCUUUCGCGGGUAAACCGCUCUUCUGCACCGCACCAGGGUUCCCUGCCUGCCGGGCAUUCCGCGGAGCUGCACUGUGCCAGGCACUUUUGAGUAACGAUUCGUUCUCAGGAAGUUCAGUUCUCACUUAACCAGCAGCUAUGAAAAAGAGCAUUUAUCGCUCACUCAAAACCCAGCAGCAUCCACUACUUCUGCGAAGACCCUUACCUCCAAAGCUCCCUAAAGUACCUUUAUUAAAAAAGAAAGUUCGUAUAGUACAUACAGUUAAGGCUAGAGAACCGAAGGAGGAGACCUAUGGAAAGUUCGAUCCUGAUGAAAGUGCUUUCGUGAAAAUGGAUCAAAAUGUUUCUCAAUCACAAAGACCUACCAGCACUCAAACCAUCUGUCUUGACUAUGACCAUAAGGCACUCGAAAGAGUGGUUAACAUUUUUCCACAUCAACACCGUGUUCGCCGUUUUCACUGGAAGGUCCCAAAGAGCACCGCUGGUUCCAUGUUCAUUCCAAGAUGUCUGUCGGCGUCUUCCAGAAUUUUUAAGAAUACGCUAUCCCAAAUGAAAAAAAGAGCCAAGAAGUCCUCGAAAAAGGAAGUCAAAGAAGAUGGGUAUCUCACUAAAAAGACAUUUAACACUUUAGUUCUUUCCAAGGAGUUUUCCAAACCUUCACCCACUUCUUACUCUAGAUUCAUCGCAUCUAAGUUUAAGCCACUAGGUACCCAGUUUCACCCUGCACCAAAGAUUUCAGGCUAUAGUCAAGAGCUCCCUCUUCUCAGAGAUGUAAAGAGGGCAGCACUCAGCCCUGUACCUAGCACUUCAUCUGUAAUACCUGAACCGCAGUGGUCUGAACGGACACACCCUUCGGCAGCCCCAAGUAAAGUGGUACUGAACACUGGCUCACUCCCGCCAGCCCGUUCUCUGCCAACGCCUGUUUUGCCAAGAAAACCUCUAAGACAGGCUAUGAUAGAAAAUGCUGCUGCUGCUGCUGCCGCUGCCGCCGCCGCCGCCGCCGCCACCACCACCACCACCACCACCACCACCACCACCACCACCGCUGUCACCACCACCGCUGCAGUGAGUGGAAAAACAGAAGCCCACAAACCGCCUGAAACUGUUCAGAGAACCACCAGAACAAUAGGCCCAGAUGCCCAUGUCUUACGAGGGGAAGGCUUUAAGGCUGUUGCAGCAACACGCUCUGAAACAGUACUGGCGCUGACCACCCUGGCCAUAAUAAAUUGCCAAAUAUAUGGAAGAAAUGCACUUAAUCUUAAGGGAUUCUUUCUAGCAAACUGUCCAGACUUAACACCUGUGGCUUUUCAAUUGGUAUACCUUAAUUUAUCAUUUAAUGACUUAAACCAAUUUCCUAUAGAAAUACUUUAUCUUCAAAACCUACAAGUACUGAAAUUGAGAAAUAACCCUAUCAAAGAAAUUCCUUCUGAAAUCCAUCUAUUGACAUACCUUAGGAUUUUCUCCAUUGCCUUUAAUUAUAUUACAAAGCUUCCUGAUGGGUUAUUUUGCCUGAAUUAUCUUGAGGAGCUCGAUGUUUCCUACAAUGAAAUUGAAAAUAUUUCAAAUGAAAUCCAGAAACUCAGAUCACUUGAAAAACUGAUUGUUGAUGGGAAUCCCAUAACGUCUUUUCCACCUGGGAUUUUGAAGCUUAACUUGAUCAAAUUACAAAUUGAAAAUACAUUCACUUGUUCUCAGUUUUGGUUAGAGAGUUCCUGGAAUGACCCCCAACAACUUACUCAAAUUUGCUCCUUGUUCCUUGUUAAAAAUAAACUGUUGGAUUACAUCCCAGAUGCAGUUCGGAAGUCUCUUAAAAGCACAUCUGAAUGUGAUUGGUGCCAUGGUCCCAAGUUUGGUGAAGGUUUCCGCAUCAUCCGAUCCUGCGAUAUCUUUGGAGUAUCACAUGUCCCCAUUAUGUUCCAUGUCUGCUCCUCUACUUGCUAUCGGGACAUCAGGGAAACCAGCUUUGUUUUAGAAGGUUUCCCUAGUAGAAGAAUAGCUCUACAUAUGGACUGGGUAAAAGAGAGCAAAGUCAGCAAUGUCUCGUUCUAUUUGUAAAACCCACAAAUAUUUCUGUAUAAGUAAUUCACCUCUUAGAGCACGGGUUCUGCAAGGAGGGACCCAUGGUUCUUCUCUGCUGAGUUCUCUCUGAUCCUCCUCCUCACGAAAGCCUGAUUGUUAGAAAUCGGUGCUGAGCUCUGACUCAAGGAGUAGGAAAGGCCUUUGGAGUUCAGUAGGGACCUUGAGAAGUUCCUGGAGAACACGUUUAUAGUAAAGGGGGGGGGGGGUUCAAAACAUUUGCCAAAAGAACUGCAUCUUAUACUUUGUCUUUUCAUGGACCUAUAUUCAAUGACAGGCUAGCAGCUUGAAGCCAUUAUGGGGAACUAUGUUGCACGAGGCCACAAAGUUAUGUGUCCAGGUACUAAAUGUUAGCUCGUGCACCCUCCUCAAUGCCAACCGGCUGGUUUUCUUCUGAGAAUAAAAGAUUAAUUGCAAACUGA